AUGAAACAGGGCGCCCCCUACUGGCGUGUGUCCCUGGUGAAUGUGUGCAGGAUGGUGAACAGCCUGAUGAACAGCCUGUCGUGGAGAGAACAGGAGGAGUAUAACUCUGAGGAGGAGCUGUGGGAGAGACUGGCCUCCCUUCCUGAGCCCCUGGACAAGCUUCUAGACCUACAGCAGAUCUGCAGAGUGCUGCAGCCCCGAGAGGUGCUUGACGACUCACGAGAGAACUUAGACGCCGAUCAAAACAGUGACAACCCGCUCAAAAGGAAAUCACCGUAUAUUUUUAAGAGGCAGGUGAAAAACACCAAAGCUCGGAGGCCGUACAUAUUGAAGCGGAGUACAUUGUACUGAACCAACCCCAGGAAGAGAAAGAAAGACACUAUACGUUCUGUGGAUAUGUGACCAUAUGUGCUCUCUGUUGUCGCAUUAUUAUUGAUGUUUCCUCGGUGUCCUGCCAAUACAGAUGAUAUCUCAAUCCUGUGUCCAUCACUAUAGGUCUCUACUAACAUACUAGGCCUACUCCUACUCCAUAAAGCGAGGACUAAUGUAAAUAAAAGCAAACAAAAGCAGCAAGCAAAUGUGUAUCUUUUGAGAGGCUUUAUAUUUCUUAUUUUUGUUCACUGCACAAAACAAUUUAUUUUAUU